GACUGCGCAUGUGCACGGCCCGUGCGGCUGGGAGCUUCUCCACGGCUCUCCGGACUUUGAGCCAUGGCGGGGACGGAGGCCUGCCUGUUGCGCCAGUGCCCGCUGCUUCUGCCUCAGAACCGGGAGAAAACCGUGUAUGAGGGAUUCGUUUCGGCUCAGGGAAGAGACUUCCACCUUAGAAUAUUGUUGCCUGAAGAUUUACAGCUGAAGAAUGCAAGAUUACUAUGUAGUUGGCAGCUGAGAACAGUACUUAAUGGAUACCAUCAAAUAGUCCAACAGAGAAUGCAGCACUCUCCCGAUUUAAUGAGCUUUAUGAUGGAGUUGAAGAUGGUUUUGGAAGUUGCUUUAAAGAAUAGACAAGAGCUAUAUGCAGUACCUCCUCCUCCUCAGUUCUACUCAAGCCUUAUUGAAGAGAUAGAAACUCUUGGUUGGGAUAAACUUGUAUACGUGGAUACUUGCUUCAGUACCAUCAAGUUAAAAGCAGAAGAUGCUUCUGGUAGAGAGCAUCUAAUCACUCUCAAGUUGAAGGCUAAGUACCCUGCAGAAUCACCAGAUUGUUUUGUGGAUUUUCCUAUUCCAUUUUCUGUUUCCUGGACACCACAGAGCUCCUUAAUAAGCAUUCAUAGUCAGUUUUUGGCAGCAUUAGAAUCACUGAAGGCAUUCUGGGAUGUUAUGGAUGAAAUUGAUGAGAAGACCUGGGUACUUGAGCCAGAAAAACCUACACGGAGUGCGACGGCACGCAGAAUUGCAUUAGGUAGGAAAAAGAGGAUUAGGGGUUUGUUUUUAGCUGUUUGAUUUUACUUUAUAUUACCUAUGAAAAUGAAUCUAAAGAUGACAGACUCUUAGACU